AUGGCCGGCAGCCGUGCGCGCCUCAUCCGUUCUUGCAGUCCUUGGAACCUCCAUGUUGCGGCAGCGUUUAUGGUAGGCAGUGGGAAUUGUCGGAUCGGGAGGGCUGGUGCAGGUAGGUUGGGACGGAAAGUGACCACGGGGGCGGUUGGGGAGGCGGAGGACGGUGGGUCUGUCCGUGCGCUAGCCUUGCCUUCGCCUGGCGAAGUUCAAUCGCAAAUGGCCAGCCCGCACCUCCGUCUUAUGCCGUUCGCCGCCGUCCCUUCAACGAAGGGAACUGGCACUUGCAUGACUUGCUGCAUAUGCGGCACAGGCCUCCUCUUUCCAUGGAGCGAUGUGAAAUGUGCGCUGAAGGCGAUUGCCUUUAUUCCCGUCCCCAUCCAAUGA